CUUAUAAGUAGCACAUUUACAGAUCACAUACUACACAUUACAGAAGAGACAGAUCAGAGCAUAGCAGACAGUGUAUAUCUAUACAGACCCUAUACAGACAUCAGCUGAAGUGAGCAACACAGGUUUAAUCUACCGUUUUACAAUGCUUUCACUCCACACUAUAUUUGUGAUUUUAGGAAUUAUUGUGCAAUCAGCAUCAGGAGAUCCUGGGGCUGGAGAAUCUCCUGUUCCUAUAACCUGCUCCAUGAGAGGAAUGGAUUUGAAAAAAGAAUCCGCUCAAGUACUAUGUCCCCCAGGAUGCAACACCCAGCACGUCUCUGUCUAUGGAGAUGGCGUGUAUGCAGGAGUGUCCAGUGUUUGCGGGGCUGCACAUCACCGUGGGGUGAUCUCCAGCAAUGGUGGACCUCUGUCACUACGUAGACUUCCUGGUCAACAAAAUUACGCAGCUGUCUUAGCAAAUGGCGUGCAAUCACAGCCACUGACCAAAUGGACAUCAUCUUUCUCUGUAUCCAAACAGAAGAGUCGUGGGAUGGAGGUCUCUGGAAAACCUGUGUCUACCAGUACAACAAGACGCCAAAAGAAAACACCACAGAAAUCAACUGGAAACAAAGACUGUAAAGCUGAAAUUGCCUUCCUGAUGGAUGGUAGUAACAACAUUGGACAGCGUCGGUUCAACCUGCAGAAGAAUUUUGUGGCUAAAGUGGCUCUCAUGCUGGGAAUUGGCACGGAUGGGCCUCACGUGGGAGUAGUGCAAACCAGUGAACUGCCAAAGACAGAGUUCUUUCUGAAAAAUUUCACCUCUGCAAAGGAUGUCGUGUUUGCAGUGAAAGAAAUCAACUUCAAAGGAGGAAACUCUAACAUAGGAAAAGCCAUAAAACACACAGCUCAAACCUUUUUCAGCAUUUCUAAUGGAGUGCGAAAAGGAAUCCCGAAAGUGAUGGUGGUAUUUAUAGAUGGAUGGCCAUCUGACAACAUUGAAGAAGCUGGUAUAAUAGCUCGGGAAUAUGGCAUCAACGUUUUCAUUGUGUCAGUGGCACCUCCCAGCCCCGAAGAACUUGGAAUGGUGCAGGAUGUGGCAUUUAUAGACAAGGCUGUCUGCAAGAACAACAGCUUUUUCUCCUUCCACAUGCCGAGCUGGUUUGGCACCGCUAAAUACACAAAGCCUCUUGUACAAAAGCUAUGUACACAUGAGCAACUUCUCUGCAGCAAAACCUGCUACAACUCAGUCAACAUUGCGUUCUUAAUUGACGGCUCCAGUAGUAUUGGGGAUCAAAACUUCCGUAUCAUGUUGGACUUCAUAACCAACAUUGUACGUGCAUUUGAAGUGUCUGAUGUUGGUGCAAAAGUAGCUGCUGUACAAUUCACCUAUGAUCAGCGUUUAGAGUUUGGCCUGAAUGACUAUUCCACCAAGGAGGAUGUCUUGCGAGCCACCAACAACAUCCCUUACAUGAGUGGUGGCACUGCUACUGGAGAUGCCAUCAACUUUGUUUUGCGCAGUGUCUUCCAGCCAACUAAAGACGGGCCCAACAAAAACUUCCUAGUCCUCAUCACCGAUGGUCAGUCUUAUGAUGAUGUCAGGGGGCCAGCUCUUGCAGCACACAGAGAAGGUGUAACAGUGUAUUCCGUAGGCGUAGCUUGGGCACCUCUCGACGACCUGAAGGACAUGGCAUCCGAACCCAAAAACUCUCACACCUUCUUUAGCAGAGAAUUCCCAGGGCUGGAGCAAAUUGUUCCUAGCAUAAUCCGUGGAAUCUGCAGAGAUUAUCUGGAUUCACAGAAGUGAGGUCAUCCGACAAAACUAUCCCCCAAGAGAGCACUGGCAAAGAGGUGGUUUAUAGAUACUGGAGAAAAUGGGGGAAAAGAAAGCAAACAAGCAAUAUGCAGUACCUAUAGACUACAGAAACGCACUGCAUUUUCUUCUUUGCUAAAUGUGUAGAAUAUAAUCUUUAUCUUCA